AUGGCUGGUGGACUCUUCACUAUUGCCACGGAAUACUUCAAUGAGCUGGGAAAAUAUGACACUGGAAUGGUGGUCUGGGGUGGUGAGAAUGUCGAAAUGUCGCUUCGUAUUUGGCAAUGCGGUGGUGAACUAUACAUUGCUCCGUGCAGUCGCGUUGGUCACGUAUUUCGUAAACUGUCCCCCUACCAGUGGCCUGGUGGUGUGAAUCACGUUCUCACACGAAAUUCAAUGCGUACGGCGCUUGUUUGGAUGGAUGAAUAUCAAGCCUUCUAUAUGGGCUUUAAUCCUGAUGCGGCCAAAGCAGAUUAUGGAGAUGUAUCUGAGCGCCAAGCGUUGCGUAAACGCUUGGACUGUAAAAGCUUCCGUUGGUACUUGGAGAACAUUUUCGUGGAUUCACUGUUUCCCCUAGAUCCGGUUGCCUUGGGUGAAGUAAGUGCACGUGAUACAGUUCGUUCAAUUGACCUAUCACAUAUUUAUAACCACUAA